UUGUUCUCUUUAUUUUCGUUGAGAUAGAGAGAAGGAAAAAUUACGAAGGAAAAACAAAAAAAAAAGAUACACUUGCCGCGAGAGAUGAAAAGUAACGGGGCACGCGGGAUCGGUGGCGUCGUCCCUGGCGUUUCGAGCAGCAACUCGAACAUGGCGGCGAGCUCGGAUGUUCUUUCGACAUUUCGAAAGAACGGCGCGCGCGAGGUGAAAAUCGCCUCUCGUCGUCGAUCAUCUAUCGCCUCUUCCUCGCCGUGUGUGUGUGUGUGUGUGUGUGUGCGUGCGUAACGUUCGAAUAUCUCGCCAGGUUCUCUCUCGAUAGCCGGCGUCGGAGGAGUUAACGCGGGGCGUGCACACGUUUUCAAACUGAAGGGGGCCAGAAACGUGUACGAGGUCUCGGGUGAAAAACGCAAGGCGAGAGGUUAGAGCCUCCUCCGCCUUGCCUUGCCUUGCCUUGCCUUGCCUUGCCUUGCCUUGCCUUGCCUUGUCGUGUCCUCCCGUUUCAACCACGAAAACGAAACCAGCAGACAGACAGAGAGAGAGAGAGUGAGAGAGUGAGAGAGAGAGAGCGAGCGAGCGAGAAAAAAAAAGAGGUGGAGCGAUACCGAGUGGCUGCCGUUGUAAAAGAGAGAAAACGAGAAAGAGGAGAAAAAGAGUGGCGAAAAACGGAGGGAGAUAGAGGGAACGAAAGGGUAGAAUAAUAGGAUCGAAACGAGACAGAGCAAAGGGGGAGAGAAUGAACGGCCCCGGGAGUCAUCAGCAUCGCGGCUUGGGCAUGCAGGGACGUUUCAGGGCCGUAGUAACUGCUGGCACUCCGGCAGGGCCCCACUCUCGACCCUCAGCACCGCCUCACGCACGCGGUGGAUGGCACCCUCAUAGCCAGCACCCUCAACACGCCCAGAUACCUCAGCAAUACACCGGCAACAAGGAAUACCCGUAUCGACAAUGUCCACCGCCACGCUUCCAUAAUGGGGAUUGUCCUGGCGUCGGUACGUCUUCCGGGCCAAACGGCAAGGAAGUUUCGUAUCACGGGAACGUAGGUGGGUCUAGCGUGGGGUACAAGCCGCCCCCGCAGCACAGCCCACAGUCAAGAGGUCCACCGGCGCAUUUCCCACAGGAAUCCGUGGGCCUACCGGCUAAUUCUCCGCCUUUGCACAUCAACAUCUGCGGCCAAGAGAACACGAUGCGCGGCCCAUUAUUGAAUAUGAGUCCAGGUCUCGGAGCUAGUGGCGUUGACAUGGAAUAUCGUAGGAAUUCUCAAGCCACAAACCAGCUACCUCUGAGUCCUGUGCAGAUCCAGCCAUCGCCGCCAUAUUACAGACAGGCUAGUCAAGACGAUGGUAGAAAGGUAUAUAGCGAGUCACCGUCGAGGAAACGUCGCCGAAUAUCCCGCAACGGUGCAGUCCCUGGAAUAGAAGUUCGCGAAACAACGCCACCGUCGCCUACGCCGCCAUUGCACACGACUCCUCCGCCAUGGGAAUACUCAACCGCGCCUCAGAGACGGUCACCCCGGAAUCACAUGUCGACACGGGGCAGCCCGACUAUCCGAAAUCGUUAUCAACGUUACACGGACUCGUUCGGCCUCACCUAUCCUCCGUUUGUGCCUGGUCAUACUCCUCACCCGCCCAUUCACAACUCCCACCACGGGAUCCAUAGUUCUCAUCACAAUAUCCACAAUUCGCAUCACAGUCUGCAUAAUUCGCACCACAAUAUGCAUAACGCGCAUCAGACGCAUCCCCAUCAUCCGCCGGGCACCGGGCAUCACCCGGCGCAAGGGGCGAACGGCCCUGUGGUUGUAGACGUUGGCCAAGUCGGUGUUUCCGGAUUGGGGGUUGCCGUUAGCGGGGAACCGCUCUGGCAUCCUCAGGCGACAGGUUACAGGAUUCCAUGCCAGCUGCACGGUAUAUACACACCGACUGGGGCGCAUCCAUUCGCACACUCGUGUCAGGUCACCCAUCAUCACAGCCACUAUUCAGCGGCUCAUCCGACCCAUCCGGGCCAUAGCCUGGUCGGUUCGAUAGUUGGCGCAGCAUCCAGAGGUUAUCCUACGCCAACCGGAGGCCCCGUAGCAGCUCUUCAUCACGCUCACGCGCCUCCGCCACCCGUCCAUACUACUCAUUACACUGCGCAUCAUCAACUCUCCCAGCAGCGAGAAGUUGAAUUAGAAUUGAUAGAGUCCCAUCAUCAUCACAGAGUGGGAGCUGCAGCCGGUGCCCCAUUACCAUUACCACAUUCGUAUUCACCGCCUGCUCUCACCCAAGUUACCACUCCUACUCCUACUCCUAUAUUCUUAUCGGAAACUAGGAACAGUCAAUUGGAAAUGAUUCAGACCAGAACCCGGCGCACAGCGUCUAACGUUCACACGCUCAGACGAUCAAGGUCGAGUAGAUGGAGAGGCACGCCUCCAAUACCACCGACCACUUAUUCAGGAUUUCUGUUGCAUUUCUUUGCAAUGCUCAGCAACCCACCGUUAUCUCCAUACAGUCAGGCGGAACUGUCCUCGCCGGACUCGGCAACCGAAAACUAUGAGGCCUUGCUAUCAUUGGCGGAAAGAUUGGGAGAGGCUAAGCCACGAGGAUUGACCCGGGCCGAGGUGGAACAGCUACCCUCGUACAAGUUCAACGCGGAAACGCAUCAGGGCGAUCAAACGAACUGCGUGGUCUGCAUGUGCGACUUCGAGGCUUUGCAAUCGUUGCGUGUACUGCCGUGUUCGCACGAGUUCCACUCCAAGUGCAUCGACAAAUGGCUCAAGUCGAAUCGAACAUGCCCGAUAUGUCGCGGUGAUGCCGGAGAAUACUUUGGGAACAGCGGGACCGGUAGCGACUGACGCCAAGCCGCUCAAGUACACUAGCGCCAACUGUCACGGGUCUCAGGGACGCUGCUCGGCUCAGAGCUUCCAGCGAUCACAUUGCUGGUUUGUGCAAAUUUGUGUUAGCAAGCAAUUUCACACCUUUUCUCUGACCGAGCCGUGUCAAUGUCAAAUCGCCUUGACUUCGCAAAAGAGGAGAGAGAGGAUCGGGAGUGAGCGAGAAAUGAAAAGCAGUGGAAUUAAAAUGGAAAAAAAAAGAAAAAAAAGAAAAAAAAGGGGGGAAAGAACACAGUAAAAUCAGGGUAUGAUGUUCAGGGUGUUUGCUGUCGAGAAAAGGACCACACACAUACACACACACUCACAUUCUCACACACACACACAGGCAAUAAAGGUACACGAUUUAAAAUUACAGCAUGCAACAAGUUUUUACACAAGAUGAACAUUAACAUUUCUGCGUUUAUUCCACUGUCAUUUUUCCUUUUUUUUUCUUUUUUUUUUCGGGGAAUAGAGAGGUCGAAGAAAGAGGGAGAGAGGGAGAUUUGAAAAUGAGUGUAAUAACGUGUGUUAAUGAGCAAAUCAACCCAGAUUGAAAGAAACGGAGAGAGAGAGAGAGAGAGAAUGUGAGAGGGAGAGAAAGUUCCAGUGAUUUGUUAAAAAGCUAUAUUAAAAGCAUUUCACGUCAGGGUCAAAGUCUGUGACUCAAUGUAUUCGUUUUGUUUCAUCGAUACAUUUUCGAAUUUAACUAUAUCAUGUUUAACGCUCGUUUGUUGUUUUCUUUCUUUUUCGUGUUGCUACUCCGUCAAAGUAUCGGAUAUCCAUUAUGUAUAUAAUAUUACUUAUACGAUAACGCAAAAAGCUAUCAUCGCUACUUUCCAUUAACGUUCCAGUUUUUAUUACUAUUAUUAUUAAUUAUUAUUACUACUAUUAUUAUUAUUAUUAAUUAUUAUUACUACUAC